AAAUCGAGGCUUUUAUUUUGACCGUUUUCUCACGCGUGUCUGCGCAGUUUUCACAGCGGUCGGUUUUCUAGGACCUUGAGCACAUGAAAAUAAAAUAAAAACAGCACGCGAUUGUAGAAGUCAAGAACGUUUGCGGGGCAUGGCGAAACGGAUAUUAUAUCCUUUAUACCAGCUCGGUAACCCUCAGCUGAGGAUAUUCCGGCCCACCUUCAACCUGACGCUGGUCAGACCCGGCAAAGAACAGCCUCCGGAUACAGUACAGUUUCGCGUUCCUAUGGAAAUGACCAAGUUUGAUGUCAGAAAUUAUCUAGAGAAGAUCUACAGUGUUCCUGUUGCAGCUGUACGCACAAGGAUCCAAUACUGUACAAACAAGAAACGAAACCACAUGAACCAGCGAGUGAAGAGGCCGGAUUAUAAAGUAGCAUAUGUUCAACUGGCUCAGCAGCAGACCUUCCAGUUCCCAGAUAUCUUCCCUGAGAAGGAUAAGAUGCACGAGGAGGGCUCUUUUGAGAUGAUGCAGGAGAAGUUCAUGGAGGACGAGCGUCAGAGGCAGAAAUCAGAUCCCAGAAGAGGAGGAGUUACUGAAUGGUUUGGCCUGUAGACAGACAAGUGUUGAAUGAAGAAUGACUUCAGAGAGGCAACAGCUGAAUGAAGAAUGUGGUGUAUUGUAGAUUAUGUAUUUGUGCAGGAAGAGCCAUUUACAGUGAUCUGACCAGUGUCCAUAGAGGGCCGUUUGCAGUGAUCUGAUCUGACUCGAUGGAAAGACAGACUGCCUGAGAGACGGCUUGGAAAUCCAUUACUCCAAAAGAAUCAUGUGCUCUGUCAAAGAACACUGAUGUCUACAUAGCAUCUGCAGUGUCAUGAAAGUCUUUCAGGUUAUGUUGUCCUCCCACAGGUCUCAGAAUCCUUCUUAUGGUCCUCCUUGCGAAAAUCUUGAGCAUACACGUUUCCUUUUCUUUAAAGUCCCUCCAAAAUGUUUUCCUUUCCCUCUUGCUGGAAGAUUCAAGAUGGUUUUCUUGAACUAUUUGCAGUAAAAUGGUCAAUCUAAUGAAGUGACUCUCCAGUUCUUCAUGCAAAAUCAUGCUCUUAAUGUUCCUGAAAACUCCAAAAACUGCAUACUUCAAUUCCAAUAAAACAGUACAGAAUGA